UAUGUUUUGUUAUUCGCCGCGGUUCGUUGUUGUGUGUGCACCUAAAAUAUUUCGAUCAAACAGAAACAGAAUUUGCAUAUUUUCCCUGGCUAACAAAUUUUAGUUGCAAUGUGCUUUAUUUAACAAAUCGAAGCGCUCAAAAAUAAUAGAAAUAUGGUCAACAUGGAGGAGCUCUUAGAUGAGGUGAAAAUAAAUGUACAACAGAAAUUUAAUGAAAUACGCGCUGCGUUGCAUAUGCGUGAGAAAUUGUUGCUACGCCAGCUCGAGGUAAUCGCAAAUACGCAGCAACAACAACCAGCAACACAAGUUUACAAUGAAAACAAUGAAAGUCCCUCUAACAAAACGAGCGGAGUUCGCUUCUUCACGGGCGAUAACGAAGAGGAAGAGAAACUGCUGCUGGCAAUUCGCAGCUUUGGCCAGUUCCAGCUAGACAGCAACAUGCAGCUGGCCCUGCAUCGCACACAGGAUAACAUGACUGCUGGACUUCGCAAUGAGGAUUAUAUUGAGCCCAUGGAUGACCAUGAAACAAUGUACAAAUGUCUCGAAGAUCGCGAUCACAAUACCGAUUACUAUUAUCUCAAUGAUGAGGUGCAGCCGGAGGCCAUAGUGGUUGACUUCUCGCGCAACAAGGCGGCGUUGCUGGAGGACAAUGCCAAGCGCUCCAUCAUCAACAUAACGCUGCAAGAAGCCAAAGAUUUGAUACGCAGAGCCAAGAUUAAGCGUGAAACUUAUGUGCCACCCUUGAAUCUGGAGGAGCUGGACGACGAGCUGGAAUCGUCAAUAGCGGAUGCAGUGUCCAGUCUGGGACGCAGCUGCUCCGAGCAACCCACAGCAACUAAACCAAAGCCAAAGGCGCGCAAGCCUCGUUUGAAGCCAAAGAUUACCAUCAACAAUUGCAAUGGCACCAUCAAUCUGCGCAACAUUGCCAGUCUGACCAUCAAUUGUGCCAGCGAAGAUGCUGUCAACGCCGAGUUGCCACUUACAGAUGCUGCUGCUACUGCGGCGGCCAUACAACCUUCGAUCUCAGCGGACUCAAGCAGCAGCUGCUCGCCCAGCUCCAGCUCCAAUGACUCCAGCAAUGCUAGCUCUAGGGCGCAGUCCAAGAAACAAAAGUCCAAGGAGACAGGCCAGAAAGCAAAACAGCAGUUGGUGGCGAGCAGCAGUAGCAGCAUGGCAACCACAUCGGAGGCGACUCACGACGUCACCUGCGAUUUCUACAAUCGCCUGCUCAACGAGAUCAAAAAGAGCCUGAAGGAGAAACCAAAGCGUGUCUACGAUGGACCAUCAGCACCAGCUGAAACAACCACAACAGCAACGGCAACGAGCAGUGCACCAGUUCAACGUGUUGCAGUCGCAGCUGAUUCCACCUGCAAACAGGAAGAGACGGAAGAGGAUACACGCAUAUCCAGCACCCAGAGUCGCGAUGCGGCUUCGACAUUGUCCUCGCAACUGCAGCCUGGUAAACGUUUGAUCCUCAAGAACUUUGAGAAUUUAAAGAUUAUUCUGGAGGCGAACAGCGGCGAUGAGGACUCGUUUCAUCCGGUGCAAAUCGAGCAAUGGCUGGCCGAAAUUAUAUCGGAAACAGAUCUGGAACCGAUGCAAAACACGGAUAUACUCGAGCACAGCAAGAUCGACAACAGCGAGAGCAUCUGAACAGCACAGUAUUUACUAUAGUUAUAAUAUGAACAAAUAUUACAACAGCAAAUCAAAUAUUCCUUAGUAGUAUUUAUUUUAUUUAAGCUUCCCACCUCCGACAACUGUUUCGUGUAAAAGUACUAAUAAUAUCGUGGUCCAAAUCCCAUUUUGCAUUUAAGCAUAGCAAGGAAAGACAUCAUUCGUUGUACUUAAUCUAAGUAUUCUAAUUGUACUUGUAAUUGCACUUUAUUUUGUUCAGUAAUUGAUUCAGAUUUGCAAGACUUAUUAAAUAUUACACUCUCUACUAUCAUUGUAUGUUAAGAUAUAAAGCUAGCACCCAAAAAGAAAACUUUUUUUUGGGGCCAAUUUCACAUUUGUCACAUUGUAUGUGUAAAUUUCAUUAAAUUGCAAACACUUAAUUAACGUAAAUUUGUUGACUUGUUCGCUCUAAAAACAAAAAUGUAUUAUCCAUAAUACUCUUCCCAAACCGGUUGUCAUGGUGAUUGUGCGCGUUUCUGCAAUUGAAAUCGCAACUUGUAAUUGGAAUUCGAAUUUGCGAAAUCGUUGAGCUUUUUAUGACGCAAGAGGCGGUGGGAUUGGGGAUGGGGUGAAACAUUAGACUUCCAAAUCCAGCAAGUUGAUAAGCAUUGCUAUUGAAUGAUAAUUAAAAAAGUACGAAAGCUACUGUCGAUAGUAGUCGACUAUGAAAUACCCGGCAAAUUAUUUUACUCUAAUCAAAUAUGAAAUUUAGUAAACAAAGUUACUGAUAUGUAAUAGCGAUUAGAAAAAUAUCGGGAAUUAUUUGAUAUGCCUUGAACUACUUUUCAUAUGGAAGUGUUAAAUUCUUUAAUCAUUUUUUAAGUCUUUAUGCGAUUAUUAUAUUUUACCCAAACAUUAAAUUAUUUUAUUUUUUGAUAAAUGCUUUUAAAUUUAUUAUCCGAUUUUUACCAAAUUUG